AUGCAGUCCAGGGCCCAGGGAAGCCGGCUUAAGCCGGUCGCGGAUUCCUUGGAAAAUGUUGGGUUUGUGUCAAAGGGGGAUAAAAAGCUACUCAACCCCCAAGCUCAGCACGAAUACUAUGACAAGAUCGUGGCGCGAUAUAUGAAAUUCUGCGCCAACCAUUCCAAAGACCUGGAUGCUGCGUUCGCGUCACUUCCUACCAGUUCCUCGGGUGAUGCCACCUCAAAUCCACCCGCCGCCCUGCCCUCUUCAAGACCGACUCACGCAGACAAAGAUAUCCCCCGAGCAUCAACAGAACUAUCCACCCUCCUCCUCUCCCUGCGCAAGCUCCGAGAAGCCAUUCUCGCUACGGCCUUGACAACACCAAUCGACUUCACCCAGAGAGUUUACAUGUUCUCAAUCCGCCUGUCUAUCCGCGCCCAACACCCUCCAUCGUACUUCCCGUCCCUGCGCUACAGCCUCGACAAACUGCAUUCCAAAUCGCAUCCACUCCCAGAUUCGGUCGUGAAAGAACUAGUCGCAUAUCUCAUCCUGGACUAUGCUUGUCGGCAAGGCGACAUGGUCUCAGCGUUCGAGCUGCGCUCACGCGCACGCACUGACCAUGCGUUCUCUGACCAGAUUAUCGACCAGGUCCUGGGCGCAUUGAUGCACGAUGACUGGGUGGUGUUUUGGCGGGUGCGCAAAACCGUGGAUUCGUAUACGCGCGCAGUGAUGAACUGGGCUGUCGACCGGGUCCGGAGACAUGCACUCAAGGCUGUGGGGAGUGCGUACCUUAAUGUCCAUGUGAGCUGGAUUGUGGGUGGAUGCACAGGCGAUGACGAGGGCUGGACGUGGGAGAAGCUGGUUGAGGUAGAGAAACUCGGCUGGGAGAAGGAGGGCGAGAAGAUUGUUAUUAGACGGCCGAAGACUCGGGCACCUGCAAAGCCGGAGCCGGUACAGUCGAGUACUGCGAGUGCCUAG